UUCAUAAUGAUGUCAUUAUCAUUGUGAUAGUAUUUGGACUUUGUCAACAGUGAAGAAAAAAACUCAACAUACAAGCCCACCAUGUAUUACUGUGUAUUUUUAUGUAUACUUCCUGGAUAGUCAGACUAGCAUGCAGAAUGUUUGCCACGGAGAGCUCACUUAUCCAGCUGAAGCCCGAGACUAUCCAGGCUCUGGUAAUAGAGGCUGAAGAGAAGCAAUGGCUGCAUGGUGACAUCACCGUGACAACACACAGUCACCCUGUUGGCAAUGUUUGUCGAUUGGCUGAGCUUGGCACUCUGUUACUUAGUUUUGGAUCAGCUGUGAAGAAAAUUGAAGGCUAUUUUAGUCAAUUGGAGUCCAGGAAGAGCUGUUUGUUGCUGGCUGGCAGACGGCGGACGUUCUCCAACGUCAGACUGGUCAGUAACCAUGGUGAAUCCGACAUUGAAGAUGGGGCCACAAAGAGCUCAACGGUGUGUGCUGACGCUACACAUCUCGACUCCAAGGAGUUUGAGACUUUCAAAUUUGCCUACCUCUGUGCAUCGUUUCCGGUCCUCGGGGUCCCGGACCCCCCUUCCCCCUGCUCUCCCUCGCCACCCGCCACACCGACAGACAGCAUGUCCAAGUUCACAUUUCCCGCGGAGGCCUCCCAACAACGGUCGACUCCCCACUCACUGCACGACAGCGGCGUGGAGGCCGAGGUAGACGACACAUCAUCAGUGAUCCCGACAGAGACACUGUGUGACAUCCUGCGCCGGUCGUUCAGACUGUCGAACACACGCUUCAGAUACUACGAGAAAGAGGUUAUCAAGAUCUUCCACAGGAAAACACCACCACAGCUUCUGGUGGAAGAUCUGGUUGCCCAGCUGGUUGCGUUGGAGAACAACUCAAAUAAAUUCUACAGUCCCCUCAACUUCCUGUCAAGAUAUGGAUAUGACGUAUGGCAGCAAAGGGAGAGAACUCACAUAGCUGAGUUACUGAACAAGUUCUGGCAUUUUGCAUUACCGUUUCCGAACGACAGUAAGAGCCACCUGGUGGAGUUAAAUACAGUAUAUGAAGACUAUGAAAUGCUGCUAUCUAAAUUACUGAUGUAUGAGAACCAGUUUAAAGAUCAAGGAGAAGAUUUCAGGGACACUGUCACCUCACCACUGUCAUCGGCAUCUGUGAGGCUGCUCCGGGAGUUUGGACUUAGAUAUGGCAUUGGCAAACAGUACCGGACGAUUCUGUAUCUGAAGCAUGUUGUGGAAAAUUUCAAUCCCUGCAUAUGGUACCUGAAUCAUGUUGUGUCGCUACUCUCAUCCAUCUGUGAGUGGUUUCCUAGCAACCAGAUCCAGUUGAUCAUGGUUAGACAAGAAUUUCUUAAUCUUGACUCAGCAGCAAAAAUCAUCUUGACACAAGCAUCGAAAACCUUAUGUCAGAUGCAGAAACUGUUCCCAGAGGGGAAGACUGCUCAGGGAAUAGAUGUUUUGAUAUCUUUGAUCAGCCUUGCUCUGGAGUUGAGAGGAUUUCUCACCCUGGAGAAACAGGAACCUCUUGAAAAAUUCCUCUACAAAGCUAUACAGGGCAUGUUCCGUCCCACGUAUGAACACCACAAGGUUGUCGCUAGAAGCGAGAUGCAGCAGAACCAAGAAUCAGACAUGUGUCCUAUUUUGCUGAAUAUUUUGAUUGGAAAUAUCCGAGAUGAAGUGAGUGAAUACAAGAAUAUCUACCAGUCUAUAUUUGAGAGGUAUUUCAACAUCUCUGAGAUGGCAACCCAGUUUUUCUAUGUGAUGUUGAUGGAGGAUGUCAAGCAGCUCUGUUACAAUGAGGGACAGGGAAAGUCGAAUGAGGACAUUGAUCUUCUGAUGCUUGGUUUAGUUUACCGUCUCAAUCAACUGGAUCAAGACUGGGCCAACUUCAUACCCGUCGAAGCCCAGACCUGGAGGUCAGCAUUACAGGAGGAGAUAACUCACUGGUGCCUGGUUCUGAAGUUGCACAUGAAGAACCUGGUCUUAGAAUCGGUAGCCGGCGAUCGAUUUCAGAAUCAUCAACUUCAUCUAGACCAACGGCCGAUGUCCGAGUUGUCUGUCCAGACAACCGUCUUACAGCCACAGUCUCCACCAGCCAUGUCGUUCACCCAGUCGGCAAACAGUGCCUUCAGUAGUCUCGUGUCAUCAGAACACUCACCAAACAACAGGCGGGAUUCUGUGUUGGCUGCAAGUCAGGAUCGGAUGCAUGGCCUAUCUGAAACCAGCAGCUAUCGGUCUGACACUCCUCAUCUUCAAGGAGUAACCCAGUCUGAGAUUGUCGAUGGACACAUCACCCAGAGCACCUGCACACCAAACAAUGGACGUGGUGACUGUGUAUCGCCUUCUGUUGUCAUGGUGACUCUUCGACGCAGCAGCUCUCUUCCUGACAUCCACAGCAGAAAUCCCGUCACAGACACUGGAUUUACUUGUUCACCAGUUGGUGGCAAACCUGCAGGCUAUGUUCCAGUCAUCUGUGGAGAUCUGCAUGGAAAUAUUAACGAUUAUGAGGACAGACUCUUGGCUCUAAGACGUCCCGAAAAUAAUUCACUGGAAACAUUUAAUGAGGAGAUUGGAGCCGAGAUUUGGAUGAAAAGUCAGGAUGGAAGUUCGUUUGGGAGUAUAGAUGGGAAAAAUGAUUCUGUCAGUAUUGUGGAGGUGAUGAGUGUUGGUGAGAAGAAAUUAACUGAUUUUGCUGUCGAAACGGAAAGUUCAAAGUUUGAUUACAGUAGUAAUGCCAACACUUGUUCGUCAUCGUUGUCCGAUACAUCACAGUCAGUAGAUCAUGUCUACCCUCUGUUAAGGCAGUUGCCGAACCUGAGCAACAACAGUUACAAACAAGAUGAACCUGAAAAGAAAAAGCCGAAACAUUUCCUUAACUCGAUAUUCUCUGCAUUUAGACAGUCGCCCAAAAAUCUGCCAAAGGAAUCAUGUGAAGGAGACCAAGCUGAAUCUGGAAUUGUGGGAAGUCCAGACGGUUCGUUAAAAAGUUCACUGAAUGAACACAGGAGUGUUUUACAGUCUGGUCAGUACUGUAGUGAAGAACAACAGCCGUGUAACCAGGACGACUUCCUAGGCUCGUUUCAGUCCGACUUCACAAACAUAUCACUACUGUCACCACCACCGCCAUCAGACCUGGAGGCAAGUCUACCAUUGUCGGGGUCCAUCAUUGAUAUCAUCACUCUGCUGCAGCGAUUGGUUGGUUUUGGUGGAACACUGUACCGAAGUCUGUGUGGUGUUGGUGACGAAAAGAAAAUCAAGCGUGCAACACAGCAAGGGGAGUUAACUGUUGAUCAGAUGGAGUUUUACACAUGCCAAAAGACCAGAUCGGUGGGCUUUUUUGAAAAGUUUUUGGAGGCUAUGUGUUACAGUGUAUCAUUAUACAGUGACAACUUGUUAUGUCUGGAUCUUUGUGGGAUGCCUUCAUAUGUUGGCAAGCAAGUGAUUGGACCACAGCUUGUUGAUCAUUUAACAUCUCAACAGAAGAAUCAAGUGAUCUGGGGCUGCCGACAUGAACACAUGGGCGGCAUUGACUGUUACUAUUACCUCAACAGGAAGUCGGCAUAUAUCGAUGACCGGUAUGAACCAGUUACGCAGCAGAUGUGCACACGCAUAAACAACAUUACAGCAGUUAUCAAGUUUCUCGAUGCAUUUGUAAGAAAGCUGGCAGGAGCGUUUAGGAUAAAGUAUGAAUCCAAGAGAAAACCCAGCCAAAGUGUACCAGCUAAACAACAUCAUGUUUUCGUCAGUGGACGAGAAAGCCAACUAUCAGUACAAGAUUUCGCAGCACUGGACAUUGAUGAUGAUGAUGACAGUGAUUCUGACUCAGUCGAGUCCACUUCUGAGCAGAUGUAUUGUCAUCUGUUGAACUUGGACACAGAGAACACGUCGAAUACAUCAAACGAAACACUCGAGUCUCACCAGUGUCACUUGAAGGAAGUUCUGAGGGCUCAGACAAGACUGCUGGCUUACAGGCUGAACCUGUUCAUCCACGAUGCUCUGUCUGUGGUGGUGACAACGAACACCUCUCUUUCUGUCACUGAUUGUCUACAACCUUUAACCAAGUUUCUCCACGGCUAUCUGGACAGACUUAGUGAUUGGCUUUACCAGGACAACUUCAGAUGCGUCUUGGAAUGUUUGUGGAUUUUUAUUGUUCAGGAUUUUGAGAAAGAAGCAGACAAGUUGAAGAAUGAAGAUAUUUCUGCCACUAGGAAAGCGAAAACUUUAAUUCAGUCAAUUGCGCACCUGAUUCAUUUCAUGAACAACUUCCGGAGAGGAGUUAGUCGCAGCCUCCUUUUGUCACAAGCAGAACCUGUGAUAUUCCGACUAAAGCUGUACACACUGUCAACUAGACAACUUCUGGCCCUUUACACCAGACUCGUACAUUAUUGUGCCGUUGACAUCAAUACAGUUACUAGUGACAGAUCAGCCAUUCCAGCACACAUCAUACAGAAACUGCAUUCUGAUCUCCAGUCAGUGUGUAAAUGUUUCACCGGUUCUGAUCUGGUCAGGUGGAUUCUUCACAACAAACCGCUCUUCAGGGCCAUUGACAAACCUAUAUUAGUUGAAAGAAAUGAGCCAUUUUCUCGCCAAACAGCAGUGAGUGUUGCCCAGAAAUUACUGGACUACCACUUGAUAUCUGAUCUUGAUGAGGCAGAUGACAGUCUGUUCUUGAAUUCCUGCUCCGUAACUGAAACACAGUACCCCAAGGUGAGCAUUCACGUCGUAUCAAACCAGACAUUUGAGAUCAAUACCAAAUCAGAUCACAGCGAAAUAUCCAAAGAGUCCAUACCUGUGCCAGUUAACAACAAUUGUCUUAACCAUCGGAAUAACCAGAGACAGGAGGAAGAUGACAACAAUGCUUUUCUGGAGAGACAACAUCCCGAUAAAACCAACGAUGCCUCAUCUUGUCAAGGACAGGACGACUGCCAUGAAAGUGCUGAUGUUCAAACAGAAGAAAACUGUUAUCGGCUUGGUCACAAUUUACAUCCUCAUUUGUUUGCCGCUUCUUUAGAUCUUUCAUCAACUCCUUUGUCAUUCUGGUCAGAAGACUCGGAUGGCCUUCAGUUCGAUGACAGCAGCCAGUCUUUCUAUUUUGUUCCUUGUUCCGUGGAAGAAACUUCACAGACUCGCAAAGUGUGGUCCAUGGAGACUUUCCUUAAAGAUCAUUCCAGCAAUUUCACGAUAUUCCAGCAUUCCAUAGAGACGGCAAGUCUUGUUGAAGAGUGCUUUCAGAGAAAGAUAACUCCAUUGUUUCUGUUGACUAUUCUGUUUGGAAGGAAGAAACAUGAUCAGCUAGCCAAGGACUUUAUGAAGCAGUUACCAACUCGGCUUGUUGACAAAAUUAAAAAAUCAGCCGACUUGCCUGGUAAUGAGUGUGUUGGUAGUUGAAAAAAGAAAGGAUUAUAAUUAUAGACUGAAAAUAAUCCAUGCAAAAUAUGUCACGAGUUUGAUUUUUAUUUCUAUUCUAUACAGAUGAAACAAAAAUGAUUUUAUUUAAUCUAAUUUUUAUUUAUAACUACACAAAUACUCAUAUUCGGAUAGUACAUAUUGGCUAAUGAAGAGAAUUAUUUUAAGAAUUAUUUUACAUUUGUUAUUUGUAAUGUACAUAAUUUAUACUAUUUUCUCAACCGUUUUAAUAUUAGAGUAUUGUGACUUUAAUUUCCCUGUUCCAUUCUCAGAUUCUUUAAAAUUGUAUACAAAAGAAUUCCAGAUGUAUUUUUAAUUUUAUGUACAUUCAUUGAAUCCCUUUAUAUGCGUAAAAUGUCCCCAACCUUGGCUCUAGAAAUACCCAAGAUUCAGUGCAUUAAUUUUUAAAAGACGAGUUCAUAUGGAAGUUUGUCCGUAUCACUUUUUUUAUUAAGGAGUCCCUUACAUUGCCAUUUCAUCAGUACAAAGUUUUACAUCAUGAACACAAGCUCUCCAACCACUACCUUCCAUUUUGAACACAUGGGGGUACAACAGCACAUGUGCGUGUGCACAGAGUGGGUUUUGAGGGGGGGGGGGGGGUCAAAACACCCCACCCUCUGCUCAAGCAGUUUUUGUUUCAAUACAUUUUUCCGGGAGCAUGUCUCGAAUCCCCCAUAAAUGUCCCUCGACAGAGUCUAGACCCCCUGAUAAAAUUCGUGCAAUAUCACAGUAUAGUCAAACCUGCUCUAGCAGCCAACUGUCUUAAAAUGCCACUUUUUUACACUCCAUUUGGUGGCUGCUUUACACAGGUUUGGUAGAUCAAAUACUUCUAUCCUUAAACAUACAUUUUCAAUACAGGUUUGACGUUAUGUUUAUGUUCCUUGUCAAAUUACUUCAGCAUUAUUAUCAAUGUCACUCUUUAUGACACUUUCUUUAUUGCAUGAAUUGUUCCAUUUUUGCAUCAGCAUUAGGCUACAACUAUGUGAUUUUUCUAUGCUUAAAACCUGUAUACACAGCACAUAACUUAAUUUGUAGCCAUUGAAUGGGAGACUAUCAUGGUUUUAACACCAGUGGUUUCCUUUCCCUUGCGAUUUACCUGUACUAGCCCUUGAUCAUGGGGGACUUGAAAAAAGGUAUGUUUAGUUUUUUUAUACACAAUGUCAUAAAACCCUCAAACUGCUUCAUGUCGGCAAGAAAUGAAGAGUUCAGGCGCAAAACGCAAUAUAAACCUUUUUUUUUCUUUUUUUUAAAAUUAAAGCCAUUAUUGUAUGUCAGUAAAGGUUAAUCGUAGGCCUGCUGAUUUGCCGCAAAACGCGAUUGAUCCUUAUGAAAUUGUAUGUAAAUCCUGUUUUUUGUUCUCAUAAAGUGAUAUACGCCAAUUAUAAAAAUCAGUUUUACUGAAAAUAAAAAAUGGAUAUAUCGCGUUUUGCGCCUAAACUCUUCAAAUACUACCCUCCAUCCGUAGUGUACAUAAUCAUAAACUGAUCAAGAUCAUUUCAGCAAAAGGUGAAGUAAAUUAUGGUAUGUAUCUGUCAUCUUUAAAUUCAUAUGCGAUACUAUUGUUCUUAAUACUGUUUUUAAAAUGUGCUAUGCCAAAAGACCCACCCCAUUGAAAAAACACAUCAUUAAUUUAUAUUGUUAAAAAAAGCUGAUGUUUUUGCAUAUUUCUUGGCUUUUACAACCUCCUGGAACAAAUCUAACGAUUCACAGGUCACAAGUUGAACAUUUCACAUUUAAAAACACAUGGGUCUGUCUGUGAAUUGGCAAAAUGUUUCCUGGUUGUUCAUUUUAAUAACUUUUUGUAGAUGUGUUGUAGAGUGUAUGUGCGUGUCUGUGUGUGUAAUGGGUAAUUCCACAGUGACUGACAUUACAUGUUCAGGCAUUUUGUUAAUAUCAAAAUACCGGUAAAUUGAUCAUUUUAGUCCAAACACUUCUUGCUGUUAAGGGGGAGAAUGUAGCCCAGUGGUGAAGCGGUCUGUCUAGGAUCAGUCACCAUCAGUUGGACUAUUUCUCGUACCAUCCAGUGCAAGACGACUGGUAUGUCAAAGGCCAUGGAAUGUGCUACCUCCUGUGGAAUGGUGCAUAUAAAAGAUCCCUUGCUACUAAAUGGAAAAAUGUAGCGGGUUUCCUCUUUAAAACUAUGUCAAAAUUACCAAAUGUUUGACAUCCAAUAGCCGAUAAAUAUAUCAAUUUCUUGCUGUUAGGUUCCUAUAAGAUGGUAUAAUGCUGCAAUAAAAUUCAUCAAACUGUCUUAAUAGUCUUUGAUGGCCAUUUAAUUGAUCAUGACUAUGUUACAAAAAUGUAAACUUUUUGUAUGUUUCAACAAUCAAGUAAAUGGCUACCUUAGUUUAGUUAAGGUAGUCUGUCAGUUUGUUGUGUAGAAGAUGGUCAUCUGAUAUGAAACUAACAGCAAAAAAUGCUUGGAUGCAAUAAUGCUGAAAAUACAGGUAUUUGAAAAAAAAAAAUUGUAAUGUCAGUCUCCAUGAAAUUGCCCUUAUGUACAUGAUCAAAAUAAUAACCAGUUGCUCAAAAUUAAUUUUAUAUUGAAUGUGCAUUUUAUUGCAGUUACAAAACAUUUCAGAAUCAUAUGAUCAAUUAUUAUACUGUUUUUAAUAAAUGUUUUUAAAAAUG